AAGGGCAGGGACCGGUAGUGCUUUUAUACUGUGUGCCGAGGCGUGAGGCCUUGGUGAUUUGGUGCAGGUGUUCAAACUGUUUAUAGUGUGGAUUGAUUAACAUAUUACAUUUAGCCAGAUAGCUUUCGCGUACUUCUGCAAGCAUGGGAGGCAGCAACAGCACCCGCCGCGUCUCCUUUGAAUCGGACGAGAAUGACAACGUUACGAUUGUGAAGGGCAUUAGGCUGUCAGAGAAUGUCAUCAAUCGUAUGAGAGAGGCCCCCUUUGCGCCAGUCCAUCCACGAUCGCCACCAAGGGUCCCAAUGACUCCACUGCCUGUGGAACCUGCUGCCCCCCCUCUGCCAUUUCCUCCUAUUCUAGAACCUGUAGCCCCCCCUCCUGCUCCCAUGAGUGACAUCAUCUCACCACCUCCACCAAAAAUUUUGGAAACAGUAGCCCCCAUCCCCACACCUCUCCCAGUGGAACCUGUGGCUCCCCCUCCUUCAGCUCCCCUUGUUGAACCUGUAGCUCCUCCACCUCCACCCCCUGUUGUUGAACCUGUAGCUCCUCCUCCACCCCCUGUUGUCGAACCAGUAGCUCCCCCUCCACCUCCCAUUGUCGAACCCCUGGCCCCUCUUCUUGCUCCACUUGUUGAACUUGUGUCCCCCCCUCCGCCUCCACCACCCAUGGUAGAACCGGUUGCCCCUCCCCCUCCCGUGGUCGAACCCAUAGCGCCCCCUCCUCCACCUCCUGUUGUGGAACCAGUGGCCCCUUUAACGGUCCUUGUUGAGCCUGUGGUCCCUUCUCCCUCACCGAGCCCCGUGGUUGAGCCUGUUGCUCCUUCACCACCUCUUACCUCAGAACCCAUUGUUCUCCCUCCUCCCCUUGUCGAAACCGUGGUUCCCCCGCCUCCCCCUGUUGAAACCAUCAUUGCCCCUCCUCCCCCUGUUGAAACCAUCAUUGCCCCUCCUCCUCCUGUUGAAAUCAUUGCCCCUCCUCCCCCUGUUGAAAUCAUUGCCCCUCCUCCUCCUGUUGAAAUCAUUGCCCCUCCUCCACCUGUUGAAAUCAUUGCCCCUCCUCCCCCUGUUGAAACCAUUGCCCCUCCUCCACCUGUUGAAAUCAUUGCUCCUCCCCAUGUUGAAACCAUUGCCCUUCCCACUGUUGAAAUUAUUGUCCCUCCCCCUGUUGAAAUUAUUGCCCCUCCCCCUAUUGAAAUCAUUGCCCCUCCUCCUCCGGUUGACCUGCCUCCACAACCUGCCACAGUUGACAUUUUUGCCCCGCCUCCACUUCCACCUGUAAACGAGGAAGAGCUGCGGAGGAAGAUCGCCGAGGAGCUGCAGCGCGAGCUGGACCAGGAGAGGAGCAAUAGGGAGCUGGAGAUGCUCCAACGGCUGGAUGAAGAGAAGGCCCAGGUCAAGGCGCAGGCCGAGGUGCGCAUCCAGGACGAGGUGGGGCGGAUCCUGGACGUGGAGCGGGCGGCCAGCCACGAGUCCAUCAAGCGGGCCGUGCUGAAGGAGCGAAUCACCGCCGAGGACGAGCGCCUGCGAGCCCAGCUCUACGAACUGGAGCGUAAGGCCCAUCAGCUGGAUGAGAAGGACAGGGAGCUGAGGAAGCAGGAAGCCUUCUACAGAGAGCAGGUGGCCAAGCUGGAGGAGAGGAGCGCCAAGUUCUACCGCGUCACCACGGAGAACUACCACAAGGCUGCCGACGAGCUGAACGCCAAGUUCCGGCGCUACGAGAUAAAGCCCGUCUGCGCUGACCUGCAGGGGCAGAUCCUGAAGUGCUACCGGGAGAACACGAGCCAGACGCUGUCCUGCUCCAGGAUCGCCUCGCUCUACCUGCAGUGCGUCAACGAUGCCAAACAGAACCCCAAGCUGGACCAGCCCCAGCUGUGGGCUGCACACAUGUGAGUUACACAGCCUCGUGUCCUCUUGCACAUGUAGAGGCAUUAGACGCAUUAGCGCAGUGCAGUCUGUGUUUGUGUCUUUGUUGUGUGUAAUUAAACGUGUGUUGUGUGUGCGACUGUGUGUCUGUAUAGUGGAGGUGCACUCCAGUCACUUCACCCAGCCCUGGGUUUUGACCACAGACAGCCCGUGCGGGAAACUCAUGUCUCCACGAACCCCCCCCCCCCCUCGCCCCAGGCACCUCCAGGCCCUCUAUAAAUUACCAGCCCCGUGUGAAGGUCCAUUUCCAUAAUGACUGCUGACACUGUCUGCCGUUGGUACUGCAUAAGCCUGUGUUUAAUGCAAUAAGGAAAGGCUGGGCAGAGCAAUCACCAUACUUUUGUCUUUUUUAUUUCUUUUUUUUUUUUUUUUUAAUCCAAGUAAUUUUAAAGCGCUUUGGCCUCGGUGCUUAUGGUAAUGGCACUGGGCAGAGGGGGUCCAGGGUAUUGGUGGCUGUAGUUAUUCUAAUGCCUCUGUCACCUGAAUAUACAGUAUGGCUCUCAAACCAUAUAGUAUUUACAUUCAGAUGAGUAUUUUUUAUUAGAUUUCUUUCCAAUCGUACACUCUUCUGAAGAAUCUGCUCUGUUCUUCUCUCAGGGGUAUUGGUGUAAAAACAGACUUUCAUUACCUCAUCUGAGUUGGAUCCACUUGUUUUAAAACUGUACAUCAUGUAAAUGCCCGUAUGUUUUAUUCAUGGUCUCUCUGAAAGCCCACCUGUAAUCUUGUUAAUAUUCUGGCAUGCUUCUUUGUGAGCCAUUAUGUGCCCGUGAAUUCAAAAUCUCCCUUGAUCCGCAAAACAGACAAUACAUGCAGCCGUAGAGUAAUCUAUUUUUUAUUUUUUAUUUAUUUAUUUUUUUAUAUCAGUUUCCUGCAAUCAAAAUACAGGGAGAGGGAUUGUCCUCCGAUAAAGAUUUAAAAGCAUGGACCGCUCCUGGAAACGACGCUUUGAGAGAGUGGAACAAGAGACGACAGUUAAGAUAUGAAAGAUGAGAGACAGACUAGUAAACAGUGAGAGAGAUGUUACAUCUUGGUUAUGAUGGAUUCAAGGUGAGACAUACACAUUAUGAAGAGUGUAUUGUUGAGAUGUCAGAUAUUAGGAGAGAAAUGUAAGAAAGAUAUAAGUUGAGAAACAAAAUGGAUAUGCACACUCACUCACUGGUCACUUUGGAGGUACACCUGUCUAGUACCAGGUAGGACCCCCUUUUGUCUCAGGAACAGCCUAAAUAAUUGGUGGCAUGGAUUCAACAAGCUGCUAGAAACAUUCCUUAGGGAUUUUGACCCAUGUUGACUUGAUUUGGCCACACAUUCAUGAUGCAAACAUCUUAUUCUUCUUCAUCCCAAGAGCUGCUCUGUUGGAUUGACAUCUGGGUACUGUGCAGGCCAUUGGAGUAAAAUGAAGUUACUGGCAUGUACAUGGAACCAGCUUGGGAUGCCGCAGGCUUUGUGACACGCUGCGUUAUCCUGCCGGAAGUAUCCAUUUGGGAAAGGGGUAGACCCUGGCCUCAAAGGCCCACUGUCACCUGAUUUUCCUGUUCAUGGCUGGCAGGGGUGGGGCCCCACCGUGGUCUUCUGCUGCUGUGGCCCUUCCUCGUGAAGGUUCUGCAUGUUGUGCGUUCAGAGGUGCUCUUCUGCUCGCCACUUUUGUAAACAGCUAUUUGAACAUUUGUGGCCUUUCCGUUAGCUUGGAUAAAUCUGCCCAUUCUCGUCCGACCUCUAUCAUUAACACGGUAUUUUCGGCCACAGAACUGCCACUUACUGGAUGUUUUUUUCUUUUCUUUUUUUUUUGCCUUUUCUGUAAACACUAGAGACCGUAGUGCGUGAAAAUCGCGAGAGGACAGCUGUUUCCGAGAUGCUGGAACCACAACGUCUGGCACCGACAAUCAUGCCAGUAAUACUUUGGUCGAACAAAAAAACUAAACCUCAGGUGUACUUUAUAAAGUGACGUGUGUGUGUGCGUAUUUGUGUGUGGAGAUAGAAGUGAGUUAUAUGGAGAGAAAUUUAAAAAAUAUACCAUCUAUGAGAUAGAUGUUACUGAUGAGUUAUGACAUGAGGAGAGAUGUGAGACAUGGGGGAUAGAAGGAAAAAAACUGCUAGAGAUGUUAAUUUAUGAGGAGUGAGAUGUCACCAAUUAUAACCAAUUGAGAGAUUGCAAAAUACUGAGAGAAAAGGGGUACAAAAGAGACAGCAGUUUGGGCAGGAACACCGGUUCUCUCAUCCGGAGCGUGAGUCUCGUGACAGUAAUUACAGCUAAUUUAUUAUCGGAGUGACGAGAUAACAUUCAGACCCGACUCUGAACUUUUCCUUUCUCUUUCGGCGCUUUGCGAAGCCCCGGAGCGGCGGAGGUGAAGCCGAUUUAAAACCCCGGGCAGAUAAAAAAUAAAAACGCCCUCUUUCCGCUUUCCCCACCUUAUUUAUCACGCGAGGCGCAGGUUUCCCAAAAGAGAACGCGGGCGGGCGUUUUUCACCGCCUAUCUGGGCCAUCAGUCAAUCAGUCAGGUUCGGCUAAAAGGCUCGGUCCUUUUCACGGGGUCACUUAUCUUUCCUCCGAUCGCGUCGCUGAAAACGCAGGACGAGGAGAGGGGAAAUAUUUCCUUUUUGGAAAGCGGGAAAUG